GGUGAAAAGCUCUGAAAUAUCGUUAUCGUUAAAACGAGCUAAAAUAGUUUCUCGUGAAACCACAUUAACUCACUAUUAAACUUAACGAAGGUAACAUUUUAAGCUAUUUGGUCUAAUAGCCCAUGUCCUGCUGCCCCGGGUGUCAUCGGCUACAUUGACUUCAGCGAGAACGGGCAGCGCUCACGGCUAGCAAAGCUAGCGCUGUUGACAAACACGUUGCUAUGGCAAUCUGAGGAGAGCAACGUGCGCAAAACUGUGACGUCUGGAGGGGGGCGUGACAGCAGAGUCUAACUGUACUUUGUGUACUUUGCAGGUGUAUUCUUGUGCAGCCUAUAUGUAGGAAAUGUACUAUCCUACAAUUUGAUUAAGCUACAAGUAGUCCGUUAUCAUGACUCUCGCUCUCCCACCGUGUUAUUAUUAUUCGUUGUCAGUGUUUUCGUGCCUACUUCCGUAAACACGUCAUUACUUUUGAAUACCUCGCAGCUUUAGUAGUGUAGUUCUACAUAUUCCCAUAGCUUGCUUUUAAUAAUCAACCGAAAACGACAUGUCGAAUUUUUGAAUAAAUUAAAAACACCGACUAUUGAUACUCUCAAACGAUCCUGCAACGGUUUUGCUUUUUGCCGUAUGCAGGAACCAGUCACCUUGAAGCUCAAGCUUUACGAAUACGGAAAUCGUGUUUGUCGACGGUAUUAUAUAUACAUUUCCUUAUUAUUUACCCUAUCCUGACCGUUUGGAUAUUUCCUUUCCAAUGAAAUACUCGGAAAAGUGCGUGUCUGUUUAGAAAUCCGCUUCACGACAAACCACAGCCAUAAGCACUCGAUGAUGAAGUCACACGGACACCUGACCCGGCUCCUUCCUCUUAUCGUCUCGACCGAGCUUUUUCUUCCGGACUGAACCGUUUUAUGGACGCCGACGCCGUUCGCACGGUUUUAGUCAUGCUACCCCCUAACAACUGCCUCCCGAGAAAUUACAGCUGCAUAGCCGGUCUGUUCGGGAGCCUGGCGACAAACCAGAAGAUGGAGGACGGAGACGGGGAAAAGACAGGAGAGGAGAGUGCAAAUAAUGGGGACAGUGAGCCAUCCCAAACCCAGGUCGUGGAUGAGAGACCGAGGGGACGGGAAUCUUUCCUGAAGCCCCCGCAGAGCCCCACUCAGCGCCGGAGGUGCAAAUCUUUGCCGAGCUCCGCAGAGAGAGCCAGGUUAGAAAUAGCGCGAAGUCGGAGUCCCUCCAGUCAGAAGAAAGUGAGGUUUGCCGAUUCUUUAGGUCUGGAGCUCAUAUCCGUUAAACACUUCGACGACACCGACAUGCCGGAGAUUCCGGACCGCAUAAUAAACAAAUUUAAAAAAGGCAGGGCUCUCCACCUGAACAACUUCGAUAAGUCGACCAGUUCCGUCCAGUCUACCUUCAUGGAGAUGUUAUUCACAGUUCCAGGCACAUUGCCGGAUUUCCUUGACAGGGUUAAAGAGGUGAAGGUUUUGCUGGAACGCGUCGAGACAGACGAAUUCAGCAUUUCGGGUAUUGUGAGGGUUUUGAAUGUUGCGUUCGAGAAAAGUGUUUCUCUGAGGUACACGAUGAAUAACUGGAUCACAUUUAUUGACAUUCUGGCCUCCUACAUUCCUCAUUCAAGCGAUGGCUUUACUGACAAAUUCUCCUUCAAAAUCAUUACCCCGACGUUUCUAGACAGCGGAGGAACCCUGCAGUUCGCCAUCAAGUACACCGUCAACGGCGCCGAGUUCUGGGACAACAACGACGGAAAUAAUUACAAAGUCAGGCGCCACAGGUUUAAAAUCUCCCCACCACGGGAAUGGGAGAAUGGAUGGAUUCACUUCAUUUAGCGCGGUUCGCCGUACGUGAGUGAUGCGCAGGCCGGAUUUAUCCAGAAGUAUCACUUGUCACCGCUGCUGUAGCCUGUAGCUGUAGGGCCUGCACUGACUCAAUCUUUCUAAGCGGUCUAAUGGACUAACGAUUAUUUUCUGUUCAUUUUUUCCCUUUCAUUUUGAACGAGCCUCCUGUGCGUUGCAUAUGAUAAAUGGAACGCAGCGUCAGCUACCUUUUUAAACUACUGUUUUCAGUUAAUAUUUCACGCUUAUUGUAAACCGUUAAAGAGUGUUUAGGACUUGCGACAUACUUUUUCAUGUACAUGCUGGCAUCAUCAGGUGCCAAGCUGUAGGCUUAACACCUUUUUCGCAUGAUUUGUAAGUAUAAGAUAGAUUGUGUAACUAUAGGCUAUAUGUAAAACACAUGUAAUAUGGGUAUGUAUACUCGCGGGCCCACUUUUCUUUUAGGAAGGGCUAGCCUAAAUCACAGGAGACGAGUGUGGCCACCGGUUACCGGCCGUCUGCCUUCACUGUCCUAAAGGUGACCACACUGUCUCGUCUCGGAGUGUCGACUAAUCUGCCCGCUACAUGUGUGCAGACUACUGAAGGCUACGAUGUGCCCGGUUUGUGGUGCGUUUCAAGAGCAGCGUUCGUGGUUAGAGAAGCUCUGUGUACUUUGACAAACAAAACAUACCGUGCAAAAAUGGGCAAACUCAAAAUUAAAUUUAAUGGUCUUGACAACAAUAAUUGUUCAGAAAAUUAACAACAAAAAAGUGCACUCCUGAUAUGUAUGCCACCAUUUUCUCGUCAGAGCCGGUUGCUGUAGUGAACUGUGGGGAUAAAAAGCUGGAAACGGAGAAAUUCAUUGACAGUCUUCUUGUACAUGUUUUGAUACAAAAUUCAAACUGACACAAGUCUGGGUGUUCAAAAUCUCCCAAUUAUUUGCUGUUGAGGCCAUUAAAAUAUGCAGUUUUGGGUUUGGCCCUCUUGUCCAGGAGUGUAGUAGGCUAUUUCCAGAUGAAAUAUUUUUGUCCAUGAGCUAUAGACAGGUAAAGAUUAUGCUAUAUGUCUGAAGUACUGCUUAUUGUAGUAUGCCAAACCAUAUGAAGACUGGGGACAUGUGUAUUUGGCAAAAAGACUGCUGCCUGUAGUCUAAAAUAUUAUUUCAGUUGACCAAUAUAACUGUCACAAUGCAUGAAGAUUGUUACUUGGCAUAAAUUAGCAAUGGUUUGUGCAAAGAUGUAAUGGAUUGACCACACAUGGAAAAACCUGUUUUAAUGGUUGCAUUUACCUCAGACCAAACAUAUUUUUACUGUAUGAGCCUUUCAAUGUUGCUGCAGAUUUCAGGUGUAUUUCCUAUCUAUUAAUGCUCAACAUUACAAAGCUAUCUUUAUUUUUAUGCAAAAGUCAAAUAUAUUUAUUGGUGUCAUUUGUCAUCCUGCUUUCAGGGAUAAAUGUUAUCUGUGGCAUGUUUGUAGAGCAUUACACAGCAGCAUCAUGUUUGAGUCAUUGUAUAUACCUGUUGCAUUGUGUGAGGUCUUGUAGCAUAUGUAGCAUAUGGUCUAGCAACUGUCUGAUGUGACGAGCUCUAAAUUAACUGUUACUAGUCACCAACAGAAAAAAAAACAAUAUCUGAUUGCUAUUGUUUAGAGUAACUUUCUUCUUAUGUGUGUGUGUAUGCAAAUGUUAUUAGAGUAACUGUUCUUUUUUUCUCAUUUACCUGUGUGUGUGUGUGUGUGUGUGUGUGUGUGUGUGUGUGUGUGUGUUCAAAUGCUAUUACUGACUCUGAUGAGAUGUAAGAGUUUUAGCUCCAUUUGGCCACAUAAUUUGUGAAGUUAUUUAUGUUGGCAUGAAUGAUAAAUGUUAUGAAGAUUUCAAGCUGAAUUGUGUCUUUUCUUUGUCAGUAGCAUUUUUGGUUGGAUUCCUUUGAAGGUACACUGGACUGAGAACAAGCUUUUGAUAAUCAUGCAUUAUCACUGAUAAUCUAUAUACAUCAUAUAUAGGCAAUUUUAACAUGUACCAUUUUUAAUAGUAUAACAUGUAGGUGUAAGUCAAAUGGGUUUGCCUCUGUUACUGUAGUUAGAUUAGCAUUAUUUCUCAUCAAGUGUUAUUUGCUUGUGGAAGUGGAUGUUUGAGAAUUUGCGUCAUGUAUAUCUUUUUUUUUUUUUUUUUUUUUUUUUAUGCAUUAUUUAAUGCAGAUAGUGAUUUGCAGACAUCUAGUGCAUUGUAACUCUUGGGGAAAGAAUUGGGGAGAUGAUGGUUAGAAAAACAUUUAAUUGAUGCCUUUCAGUAGGCAAAACCAAACUUUCCCCUGGCGUCUCAUUAUUUUGUGACAUAACAAAUAUGAUACAGCAGCAAUAUACGUAUGUGAAAUGUGCAAUAACCACUUAAUGCUUGAAGUGCAACUGAAAUGGUUAUCAUUUUGAGUUGCUCUUUGAGAAAUGUUAGUUAAGUUAAAGGGGUGAAUGUUGUGUUGCUGAACAGUAUGGAAAUGAAAGCGUCAUGCGGUUGAAAUGCAGCUAGUUGGAUAGGUCAGGAUAUGCCUUGUGGGAGUCUAUACUUACCUGGAAAAAGGCAGAUGGUGGUUGUAAAAAGGAGUAUGAUUUUUUUGAAAUUGUGAUACUGAGAUACUUUAUGUGUAGUCCAUUGACAGAAUGUAUUGACUAAAUAUUUAAAUAGCAUUAAAGGCACAACAAAGUAUACAGAGUAAUAGAGUAUAAUAGAGUGUAUAUAUAGUUGUUUAUGGUUCCGCGAAGGUUUACUGUUGUCCAUUUGCUGAAUAAUCCUUUCCAUAGUGAGUGUGAUUGUCUUGAUUUUGUCCACUUUUAGUUUUGUGACAUUGAUUAGACAGUGUCAUUUCAUGGUGGUACUGAGUGGUGGGGAAGGUGGUGGUGCUUGUCUUGGUUCAGAACUCCACUGCUCAGAAACAGAGGAGACGCUUGACUGUUAGGCCUGGAAGUAGGAAUUUGACCCUUAGAUAGUUCUCUGUUGCUGUCAGCUACAUUCUGGCAAAAAGGGAGUGGAUUUGGUCAGGUGAUCGAUUCACUUGGAAAUCGAGGCUUAUUUUAUUUAUGGACCAAGUAUACGAUCAAAAGACAGCUAGUUAUUUGUUAGCCAAGAUCUGACAAUAUAAUACUUGUAGAGAAUCAACAAAUAGCCAUACUCUACUGAAAAAGGAUCUAUUUUUAAGUCUAGCUGUUUCUUAAAAGCUUCUAGAUGUCCAAUGGGAAAUCUUCAAAGCUUCCAUAGCCUCAGUUCUGUUCAACACAUUGGUGUACAUUUUUUCUUUAGUCUUUAAACUAUGCAACCUGGUCUUUUAUUAAUUUCCAGUGUGUGUUGAUGUCUCCUGGUGUUUGUCAUUUUGUUUUCAAUUAUUAAAACUGUACCUCUGCUGUUUGCAUGCACAGCAGCAAAGUACGUUUUAUUUUUAUGGUGAAUUUAUAUUGUAGUUUAUAUUUUGUUAACCCAUGGAAUUAAAGGCAUUUGAGGUGAA